CAAAUGACAGAAAUAAGUAGCCGGUAACGUUUGUAGUAAAUAAAAAUGAGUUUGGAGGAUUUUCAAAACAAUAAUUUAAGUUUCCCUUUCCGACCAAUUCAUGUAGUUUAUUUUGGGAAUUAUGAUAGUUUAAUCACUUAUGUCAUUUGAGUAACUGUUUGCAGCUGGUUUGCAUGAAUAAUAAAACACUGUGUUUGAAGUAAACAAUAAACAAACUGAUGAAUAACUUUUGAAUGAUAACUCAAGGUUCUUUAUUAAAGUACAGAAAAUACUUGUUAAUUUGUUAGUAGUUAUGCAGGACAUCACUGAAAAAAAGAGAAAUGAUGGAAUGAGGUAUCAAGUUUCAUGCAGACAGUUUUAUUCUAUAUUUACUGUGGUUUAUGCAAAGAGUAACGAUGAAAAAAUUGCCAAAGGAGCAAAAUCCAUGACAUCAAAACACUUUCUGGCAUCAUUAUUAGCAGGAGGAGUAGCUGGAGCUGUUGCCAAAACUACUAUUGCUCCACUUGAUCGAACUAAAAUAAAUUUUCAAAUCACAAACAAACAUUAUUCCUUGAAAGAAGCACUGAAAUUCAUUGUUGAUAGCUGCCGUACCUCUGGGUUUUUCAGCUUAUGGCGUGGCAAUUCAGCAACAAUGGCUCGUAUCAUUCCAUAUGCAUCAAUACAAUUUGCAUCUCACGAACAACUGAAACAUGUUCUACAUGUAGAAACUCAUGAUGAAAGACGUUCUAAUCCUGGGAAAUCUUUUCUUGCUGGAUCUCUUGCUGGUGUGGUAUCUACCACAUGUACUUAUCCUCUUGACCUUGCUCGUGCUCGCAUGGCUGUUACUCAUAAAGAAAUGUAUAACAGUUUAACUCAUGUUUUCAUGAAAACAUGGAAAACAGAAGGUUGUGCUACAAUGUAUCGAGGUUAUGCACCCACACUGCUCGGUGUCAUUCCAUAUUCAGGAACAGGUUUCUUUACAUAUGAAACUCUUAAAAGGUUGCACAGUGAACGUACGAAUGAUAGGCCUAUUCAUCCAACUGAAAGAUUAGUUUAUGGCGCAAUGUCUGGUUUACUUGGACAAUCAGCUUCAUACCCUCUUGAUAUUGUGCGCAGACGUAUGCAAACAGCAUCUUUAACUGGAGGUCUUUAUGCUACUAUCCGUAGUACCAUAAGUAUAAUAAUUAAGGAAGAAGGUGUUAUUAAAGGAUUAUACAAAGGAUUGAGCUUAAAUUGGAUAAAAGGACCCAUAGCUGUUGGUAUCAGUUUUACCACAUUCGAUAUUACACAGACAUUUUUAAAGAGUCUAGCUUUUUUUCCUGCUAGCUAACAAUAAUGAAUAGCUACUAAAAAUAAGACUCUUUUAUAGGUGCUUUAAUGAAUGAUCUGCUAGUAUACGUAAUAAAAUGUGUGUGUAAUAUUUUGUAUUUCUUUAUACAAUGUAGAAGUUUAUUAUAACAAUAAUGCAUAAAAUAUUUCAAGGUGCUAAUUUGUUUUAUAAAUUGGUUGAAGUUUUGAAAGUGUAUGAGACUUUAUGGGUUGUGACAAUCCUUAAUUUUUAAAAUUUAUGUAUGGGAUAGCAUAUGUGUGUGCAAUUAUUCUUAUAAGAAAAUUUCUUUUUAUAACUCUUUUAUUUCCUUAUAAGCAUAUCUAUUGUUAUGGUUUUGAUGAUAUUGUGUUUAGUACAAAACCUGUUAAACAGAUAUACUCAGUGUUUAAAAACUGUUAUUCUUACAUACUUAUACAUACAUAAUCCUCUUAUACUUAUCUGGUGACAAUUUAUAUUUUCUCAUCCUCUUUUAUAUCUGAUUACAAUUGACUAUAUUAUGUUGAGUACAAAGUUAAAACAAAACUCAUUUUCAUGUUUAGUUAAUUUCAUAUUUGAACUAUUUUCUGCUAACUGUCCUCUAUUAACUGUUUUUCUCACACGCAAGAUUCAUACAUUUCUAGAAAUAUACAGUGAAUUAAAAAUUGUCUUUAAAAGACUCCUGUCAUUCAAAAAUUUAUAAAUUUUCCAGUUUGGAAAAAUUGUUGCUUAAUCCGGUAUUCAGACAAAAUGUAGCAUGAACAAGAUAUUCCAACUUUGUAAUUAUGUCUUAUUUGAAUAUUGCUACUGAAUUUUAAAUUAAGUUCUUAAAAUGAUAGCAAAAUAUAUCUAAUGAAUGACUUAAAAAAGGUGACUAUGAACGUACAUUCUUAACUACCUUUUUAAAUUCAAUAAGCUGUGAAGGGUAUGUGUAUUCAUAAUCAUAUUUUCUGUGUGUCAUUUGUUUAAUAUUUCUCAUUUAAGUUCUUAUUUUAAAAUUUAGUCAUCUUAUUUUGCCCCCAAACUGUUGUACCAUUUUUUCUUCUUCAUUUUGUUUAUAUAUUUUGAGUCAGCAGUAUACUUUAUAUUGAAAUUUUUCUUUUACCAUAAAAUAUCAAAGGAAUUGAAUUUUUUUCUUUGUAUUUAAGUUUAAAUGUAGCUUCAAAAAUAAUGUAUUUAAUAUUGUAUUUAAUGUACUCAUAUGCGAUUUCUAAGGUAAAUGAAUAUAUGGAAAACUAAGUGAAUUAAAUUUCAGCUAGGACCCUGUAUUUGUGCUUAAUCAAAAUUUUUGAUGUUUUCAUAAAAGAUGUUCGUAUUACUCUUUUUUAUUCUGCAGCGAGUAUUGUUUGGCUCUUUUAUAAAUUAUCAUCUCUAUUUCAAAGCUGUCAAUAAAUGCUGAAAGAAGUUUCAA